AAAUAUUGUAUUGCACAAACUCCUCUAUUUGAUCUAUUCCAUUACAACUCCAUUGUGAAGAUUUCUUCAUGAACAAACAAGCACCCGUUUUCGACAGUUUAAUCCUUGUGGUAUAAUAUACACUCGGGGUCUUAGACGAUAUACAAGACAGCAUUCAUAUACUAACAGCUAGGGAAUUUAUAACUAUGGCAUCAGAAGACCAGGCCAUCCUUGAACGAAUUAGUCGUAUAGCUGGUAGGAUACCCUUAAUGUUCUUUGCUGGCUUGCCUAAUAUACCAACAUGUAGGUCAAAUCAAUCAACAUAAAAACCACCAGUCAACAGAUCAGUAUAAUCAAGCACAUUCCCCUCCAUCAACGAACAGCUUCCAUCCACAACCAAGCAAACGAGGAGGUCAUGGAGCUUAUGCGUAUCACCCUUACGCAAACAAUAGCUGGAGAGGUAGUCGAGGUAGCCACAGAGGCGCAUUCUCUGCCAGAGGAUACCGAGGUGCGCGGGGAGGCGGUGUCGGUAUUGUGCGGCAUCGCACCCUUGUGUUAAAUGGCGGUACUCCCGCUUCACCAUCACAACCUGAUUCAUCGAACGUAACUCCAUCUGCGGAUGAGAACGAGCGAUCUUCCUCUGCUGGUUACAUCACAAAAACCGACCGUCAUCUCCAGUUGAUCAACAAAUCAUAUUUUGAGAAGGAUAGUCAAAUUCGAGUCAAAGCGAUCGAGGAAACCAGGAAACAAAAAUUGAAGCAAAGGGAUGAAAGGGAGAAGUUGAAGCUCAGCAGACACUUGCAGCGUCUGGGUGCAAACUUCGGCUCUUCCAAAAUACAGCCUACAGGAACAAGUAAUUAUGAAGUUACUGUCAAUGGAAUUCGGUUUAUGGUCACAAAGAAUGGUAGCAAACUCGUCAAAGCCUCUGGUGAGAAUUCAACAUCCACAGCGAGGUACAAGGUGGUGCCGCUUUUUGUUCAAUGCUCACUUAGUUCAGGUGACCUCACUUCCGCCAAUGCUACGCCCAAGACUGCUUUAAUCGGGGGUGUCAAAUUUUAUAGAAGCAAAAACGGAAACAUGUAUCGAGAAGGGAUAAUCAAAGCCACUAGGUAUGGCUCAAUACCAUGGGGUGUCCCCAAAUUGUAUUUCUUGUGUUAAUUGCUGACCUGAUGGAAGGAAACACGGUGUCGUCAAGAUUAACGAGCCGUGUAAAUCAUUUACCACCACGGGUACCGCUUUUCUUCCCAUAUUUUGAAUCUUUCAUCAAUCUUGAGGCGUUGGAGGAGGAGCGAUCUGGGUUUCAGCUAACCACAUCUUGUUUAGGUACUUGUAACAAGGGUCCUAAGUGCCAAUAUAUUCAUGACCCUUCAAAAGUUGGAGUAUGUAAAACUUUCCUUCUCAAAGGUGAAUGUCCUAAUGGGGAUUCUUGCGACCUAUCCCACGACCUUAUCCCCGAAAGGACACCGAAUUGCUUGCAUUUUGCCAAGGGCAAUUGUUCGAACCCGGAUUGUCGUUAUACCCACGUUCGUGUUUCGUCGACAGCAUUGGUUUGCCAUUCCUUUGGAAUAUAUGGAUACUGCGAUAAGGGAAAUACUUGCACAGAGCGACAUAUACACGAGUGCCCGGAUUUCAGUAACACAGGUACCUGCACUACGAAAGGUUGCAAACUUCCCCACCGCAUCAAAGCUAGUGUUAUUCGUAGGAAUGCGGCUGCUGGCGAUUCCUCUCCAGGUGACCAAUCGAGUGAUGUUUCAAGCGAUGAAGAAGAUGAGAUAGGCAGCGAUGACGUGGAUUCAGAUGUCAUCGAUGAGGAAUUCUUCGGCGAUGAAGAUGGAGAAAUGGAACCUGGAAUUCUUGCGCAGCAGGAUUAUGUGCAAUUUUCCUGAUACUAACAAACAUAAGACUCCAUCAUGGGGCACCUUUCAGAGAUACAGUGAUCCUUGUGGUCUUUUCAUCAUGAAGAUUCCCUAAAUAAUUUUAUGUUUUCUUUUCCUGUCGUUGUUUUGUCUCCAGUUGCUAGCAAGCGUCGGAGUUACUCAGUCUUUUGCUACUGAGGUUAUUGAGGGCGUCAAAUAUAUUUUCGGGAUACCCGGACUUGAAUGUCCUUUAGUUCUAGCUUCAAGGUUUUCACAUCCCAGCCCGUUGUAUCGGAACAUCUAAAUAGUAUGAAAGGAAAAAAUGGGGAAGAAAAAUACAUACAAGAUUGCAUGAAUACUUUCUCUGUCUUUUUGAUCUCAGUUCGUACGGGUUCAUGUUUCUCCGAUAUGUCUCACGAAUAAUAAUCCAUUUGCAAAGUGAUUUCCAAAUAGGAGAACA